UAUUUCUCCAUUGAUUAAGUAUUAUCGACAAUUUCACAAUAACAGUUCAAAAGACAAACAUCUUUAUUGACGCGUAUUGCACCUUGUGGCGGGUUUUUGUGGACCACCGGGUUAGAUGGGGUUAUAUAAAACUCGUCCACACGGGACAGUGGGUUGUUUUUUUUUCACUAGAUGCUGAUUCGGGUGAUUAAGAUGCGCUGGGCGGUUAUGAUCGUGAUAGCUUUGGUCUUCUCUGCUGAGGGACUGGUAUUUAAGAAAAGAGAUACAGCGAAAGCUGAUUUAAUGAACCAAUUGAAAAGAGAAAAUGAGAAGCGUUCAACAGGAUCCGACGUCCUUGACCUGCUGUUUCAGUUUGGCGACACAAACAAGGACAAAAGAUUGGAUGAAAAGGAGGUUCGAAGUUUAUUUUGUGGCCAACUGUUCGCCUCCCAACUGAACGACAUUGUGAUUGCCCUUUUGUCACGUGACUCUGAUCAAACUAAUAGUCUAGAUCUCAAAGAAUGGCGAUCAAUUGUGUUUACGGAAGCCGAGUGGCAAACAUUCCAAAAUUCUCCCUAUCUCAACAUCGUUGCCUAGUUACGAGGAAUAAAUGAAUUGUAAUAAGUCUUCUUGGUUAUAAACCAAUAAAGUAAUUCUGAGUU